CUUAUAGUGUAAUAAAAAAUAAUGUAAAUUUCACAUUCACAGUUCGAUUCAUAGGUACACUAUUUUUAACUAUGAAUUGGUGUAUUUUGCUUGGUCUACUUUUUGGCAAUGUUGCUGGCAUCCGCGAUCUCUACGCGGGUGUCUUCCACAGGAACGAUUUCUUAGUGGCACAGGACCAUUUGUAUCAAGAGAAGCUGCACUAUCGUACAGUGACUGCUAAAUAUGUCAGACAUUUCAGCUGCCCAAUCUCCUACUACCGUGUAUUAGACCGACUGGCCGUCGGCAGAGGCCCCAGGGUAGAACAGAUAAAAGGCGGUCUCUUGAAAAACGUCCUCGCCCUAAAAUUUACAUCUGUAUUUAAUCAGCCAGUCAACGUCAUCAUCUACAUCGCUUGUGCGAACAAGAAGGAAGGAUCAAACGAGCCAUAUACUAGAGCAACACGACAGAAAGAGGAUGAUAAUGAAGGAAAAUCAACUACAGGUCAAGAAGGCGAUGUAACAGCUGCUGAUUAUGCACCUGCGGAAACAAAUGAGACUACUGUUCAAACAAAAGAAGAGGGUAAUGCUACAGAGACUGGUGAAGCGGCAGAAACAACAACUGGAGCUCCAUAA